UUUAGCUAUCUUUACUUGUUAGUUGUUAUCUUCUACAGUCUUUACUGUUACAUUACAAUUUGUUAAUUUCAUUUUCAUUGAUAAAUAAUUCAUUAGUUUUAUUAUUUCCAUUUUAAUAUUUAAUGAACACAGGAUAUUUGCAUUUUUGCUGAUGCAGACCUAUCCUAUUAACAAGUAACAAUUAUUUAAUUAGCUCAUCUACAAUGUCACAAAAAAACAAAAAUUUGAAUAGCAAUAUUAUGUCUGAUGAUGAAUCUCUAUCUGACAAUGAAUAUUUAACAUCAGUUUUAAGUAUGGUAAAUGGUUACUGUAAGAUAAAUUUAGUCGUACCACAAACUACUUUAUUUUACUCUAGUGAUAGUUUAUUGCCGAUAAAUGCAAAAGUAAAUGAUAUUAAACUUAACAAUAAUGUCCAUCAAAACCGAGUGAUUAAUACACCUGAUAGCUUGACAAAUAUUUUAAAAAAUAUUAAUCUAAAAGCUAAUGAAAAUAUAGAUGAUAAAAAAUUUGAUUCACUUAAUAAGACAUAUGUUGAUGAGUUUCAAGUAUAUUCUAAACAAUCUUAUUCAGACAACAGCAAUCUUUUAGAGAAAACAGAAGAAAAUAAAAGUGAACCUAAAGGUAAAAAAAAAAAAAAUAAGUUUAGUAAAGUUUCCCUGUCAGAUAAUCAGACUUUAGUACCUUCUUCUACACAUACAGAUCAGAAUUGCUCAAAUGAAUAUUUUAACCAGUUUGAAAGUGAAGUAUUGAGUGAUGGACAUAUAAAGCAAGACGAAGAACUUCGAAAAAAACAAACGAAAAAUAUUAUAAAUAGUAUUAGUAAUAAUGGCCAUCAAUUAAGAUCUCGAGCAUCACACUCACAUCAAAAUCCUGAAAACGAAAUUACAAACAAGAAUAUGUCGCAAUCCCAAUGUCCUUUAUGCUUUGUGUUGUAUCCUACGCCAGAUAUUGAGGCACAUGCGUCAGAAUGCAGCAUCUAAAUAUCAUCAUUCUUCAUACUAUUGUAUUUAAGAGAUUUGUAUUAAACUUAURUUUUUAUUUAACAAUUUAUAUUCAAUUUUUUACAUUCCAUUGGUUUAUUAGUA